CAAAGUAAGUUGUUUUUUUGUCGGAAUAUACAUACAGUUUUGUGUGAAAUAUAUCGUUAUUGAAAAGCUGAAUUGAAUCGAAACAAAAAUGAGUGCGAUAAGCGAACAACAACAACAAGAGGAAAAUGAACUUGGCACUCCAACCGAUGAAUUUAUUGCCUCGUUCAUUUGGUGUGACGGUCACAUAUCGGUAUCGUACUACAAUGUGCUGUCAUUAGAUCUUUUCAUCACUUAUGAAACUGCGGAUUUGCGUCCAGAUUUUUGUCAUUUGCAAAAUCUAUUUCGCAUAAUGCCAAACAUGCGAAAUGUGGUCGCCAGCGGACCAGAUAUAUUUUUGACCGCUAUUAUGAAAUUGCUUGGUAUGCCGAACAAACUGGAUCCAAAUCAAUAUCGUUUGCAUCGCUUGAGCACACUGAGCGCAGCAACAUUUGUUGUGUACACAAAUAAUGACAAAACAUUGACCGAAAAUCGAAUACGAAUACUUGAAAUGUACACACCACGAAUGACCACCGAAAUGACCAAACAAGAACGGUUCAAUUUCAUCGAAACAGUUGUUCCGUUGCAUCAAAAUCUCGUUGUACAAUCGCUAGGUAAUUUGUUACAUUUUUUGGAUGCCAAUUGGAAACAUUUAUUUUUGCGAGAAGAAACACGACCCGUCGUAUCGGACAUCAAAGUCUACAAACUUGAUGGUAAUGUAUUGAUUGAUGAUUCGACGUUUAGCUCAUUGCAGGUAUUUGCACACAAAGAUCACCCAUCUGCAUUCAAAAAAGGUGCAAGCAAUACAAGCGAUAACGGUCCAUCUCUAUUCGGUGUAAUGAAUACUUGCGUGUCCCGAUUGGGUAGUAAUCAAUUGAAAACUUGGUUGUUUCAACCAACAAACGUUGUAGAUGAAUUGAGCAGACGUCAUCGUAUGAUUGAGUGGUGUCGAAAUGAAAAGAAUGCCGUUAAUUUGACCAAAUUUCGAGCUUCAUUGAAAAAAGUCUCAAACACUGGCGAACUGUAUGCCCGAUUGAUUCGAACGCGCGGCAAACCAAAUGUGUGGAAAGCAUUCAAACGCACACUGUACUAUGUAAAAGAUAUCGCCGAUAUUUGCAUUGCAUUGGUCAGAAUAAAAUCACCAGAUAUAGCUGGGACGGUUAUUGAACAGUUUGGUGUAUAUUCCAAUGAAAAUGCUGCAGUUUGUGAAAUGCUGAAAACCAUCAAUACAAUCGUCGAUUUGGAUGAAUCUACGGCAACCGGAAAGUUUACCGUGAGACCUGGUUUGGACAAAGAGCUCGAUGCAAAAAAGGAACAAUUUCAAAUUGCUCGCGACGAAUUACGUGUCUUAAUAAAAGACGAUGUCUUACAUUUGCCUCCAGAAAUCAGAGAAAUCACUUGCCAUUUUGUCGCUGAAUUGGGAUUUUUAAUUGCAAUUCCAUCUAGUGUAGUGGCUACUAGUGGCUUGCAAUCACCUCAUUCGCUGGAAAAUGGUCAUUUGAAAUUUGUGCAUCAUUUACGUGACACAUUUUAUUACUCAUCGUUAAAAUGUGGGGAAAUGAAUGAAAAAUAUGGUCAUUUACAUGUCGAUAUACAAGAACGUGAGCAGGUAAUUUGUGACCGUUUGAUGGAACAUGUCUAUGAAAAACUCCAUGACAUACAUCGUGCCAUCAAUUUUUGCGCACAGCUUGAUUGUUUGAUGGCAAUGGCAUCAUUCUCGUUGACACAUGAACUAGUACAACCGGAAAUUGUCAGCGAUCGCAAAAUUCUCGAAAUAAAGGACGGACGUCAUCUCCUGGUUGGCUUACAGCGAAAAUGCAUUGCAAAUGAUACGUCUGUUAGUGUUGAGAAAAAGAAUCUGAUAAACAUUCUCAUUGCACCGAAUGCAUCGGGAAAAAGUGUUUAUAUGAAGACAGUGGCACAAAUCAUUUAUCUUGCUCAUGUUGGAUCGUAUGUGCCAGCUAGCACAGUUACAAUUUCAAUUGUUGAAUCGGUGUACACGCGAAUGCAUCAAAAUGAAUCAAUGUACCUUGACAAAUCAAGUUACUUGAUUGAAUUGCAGCAAAUGAGCAAUGUUAUCAUGAAUUCUUCAUCCAAGUCAUUGAUUUUAGUCGACGAAUUGGGUCAAGGAACGACGGAAGCCGAUGGAAAAUCAUUGUUGAUUGCUUGCUUACAUCAUUUGGCCAGACGUGCUGAUAAGUGUCCAAUUUCAUUUGUUACAACACAUUACACUGACGUUCACGAUUUUAUGGCGAAUGUGGACUGGGUGUCAAUGAAAACAUUCGAAAUGACACCGGCCGUUCAUGGUGGUCUCUUGUCAACAUUCAAACUGAUCGAAGGCAGAUGCAUUACACGAUACGCAAAAGAUUGUACAGUACUAAGACGCUUCUUAAAACCAUGUGGAAGUGUUGACAAAAGUACGGAUGACAAUCAAACGAUAAAAAGUGAUGGCAUUUCCAAUGUUGGAGCAGAGACACUGGAAGAAGUUGAAACGAUUAUUCGUAACAGGAAGAUAGAGUGCGCUGCCACAAUCAUCAAUGCAUUCAUCAAAAGUUCAACAAAUCCAGAUGAAGGAGCCGAUUACGUGAAGAUUUUUAACAGCUUCAAAAUUUAAUACUCAUCGUCGCACAAUACAUUUUUCUUAAAGUAAACACAUUUUUUUAUUCAGUUGCAAAUGCCAUUGCCAUAGUUUACAAAAAUAACAUGAUUUUCUUAAGCUUAAUACAUACAUUCUUAUUUAUCACCCAUUCACUGAGAAAAUUGAUUUAUCUGUGCAAGAAGUAAAAAUUUUGUGCUUUAUAGCCUCGUUCAUACAAUGUCAUUAAAGACAACAUUUUCACAAUAAUGAAAACAACAUUUUGUAAAAAAAAAAAUUAAAACAAAAAUUGUGCUGCACAAGCAAAUA